GAUAGGGUGGCUAUAUGCCGCAAGGUUUUUAAGGCCGUCCCCGCAGAGUAUGUUGCUUCUCUUCCUGGCCGCAAGACUGACGCCCAGUUUGGUGCGAUCCAGGCCACUCUUCUCGACUUGUUCUGCCGCAUGGAAUUCUGCAAGAGUUGGAAGACCCGCACUGCUGAGGAGCUCAAAGCUCAGGUGGCUGAGUCCACCCACCAUGGCGACUAUGCGUUCAAGUCCAUUGAAGAGGUCCGCCUGCAGAUGCAGACGACCAUAGACCUUCAAGCGAAGGAGGUGGCUGCGUUGAGAUCUGACAAGGCCGAGCUGCUUAAGAAGAUCUUGGCGCAGGACAAGGACAUGGUGGCAAUGGUCGAGGAGGCCAAGACAGCGGCGGCGGAAAUACGGGCGCUUCAGGACCAGUUGCGGGAGUACCCUCAGGUCAAAGAGGCGGCUGAGGAAGCCGAGCAUCUUCGUGGGGAGCUGGAGACGGCCAGAUCGCAAGUUCGCACCUUGCGUGAGCGUCUUCUGGAAUCCUAUGAUCAGGGGGAACAAGCGACCAAGGACGCUGUUAAGCACGCCUGGGAGAGCCACAUGUCAGAGUAUGAUCUUGGGUGGUUCCAGCGGCGAAUGGAGCACAGUGCCGCUGUGUUGGCUGCUGAACGUCUUGGUCAGCCGCCCCCUGAGUUUGUAUCAUCUGAUGACGAGGACGAUGCGGCCGCUCCCUGAUUUGCUUCCUUUCCUGC